AUGGCAAAGAAACAAUCUCCUCCUGCUAGAGGCCGCAUUGGGGCAAUGAAGAGUCGGUCUGGGUGUACAACCUGCAAAAUCCGGAAAGUCAAAUGCGGAGAGGAAAAGCCCAGUUGUCUCCGAUGCACGAGCACUGGGCGCAAAUGUGACUACGAGAGUGGUGCGAUCUCCACGCCAUCCCCCCCGCAGUCUCUAAUCCCAACGCUGUCCUCUUCGCCGAAUUCGGCAAGGCGAGAGCGUCGCGCAUUCGAAUAUUACUUUCAACAUGCGGCGCAGUAUCUUUCCGGGGGAAUGAAUAUUGAUUUCUGGACUAGUGUUGUCCCGCAGAUAUGUCGUACUGAACCUGCCGUGUGGGAUGCCAUCAUCACCAUAAGCACGUUGUUUGAGUAUCCCGAUCAAUCGUUGGAUUUUACCUUCUUGAGGCUCGGACAGAAAAGAUCCCACGCGCUCAACCAGACUCAGAAAGACGCAUUGGGUUGGUACUCGCGCUCUAUCUCUACCAUCCACUCUCAAAUUGAGCACGGUAGGGCUGAUCCCUACGUUGCACUGAUCAGCUGUGUGAUGUUCAUCUGCGUAGAAGCAAUCCAGGGACGCGUGGAAGAGGCUUUACAACUCCUUCGACAGGGUUUCACUCUUAUUCCGGACCUGCGCAUGAAAAUCAAUCUAGCAGCCGUUUCGGCUACUAAGGCAGCUCUCCUGGAGGAUACGAUCAUCCCUAUAUUCUUGCGCCUGAAUACCAUUGCUCUUGCAAUAUCUGGCACUCAAGCGAGCGAUCUUUUUUCGUUCACAGAAGGGAAGGAGAACAAAUUUACUUCUCUUGCACCUGCUCGCCAGGGAAUUAUUACGCUAGCCGCAGAAGGCAUGCUCUUCCAACGAGAAGCAGAAUUGCAUCUCGAAGCUGUGGGCGGGGAGGCGAAUGUGAGCCAAGAGUUCCUCAUUCGACAAAACGAUUUGAAAUCUCGACUUGCAAACUGGCUACACGCAUAUACCGAGCUUUGCACAACUCUUUGCCAGAAUCCAUCACAUCUCGCAUAUACAGAACCCACUCUGCUCGUGUAUCACGCAGCUGCAUCGAUUUUUGUCGCGUGCAGUCUGACCCAGCACGAAACAAUAUACGAUGCUUAUUUGCUCGAUUUUAGAUGCAUCAUUGAUAAUUCUAUCCUCGUUCUGAACACGUUGCUCAGACCGAAUGGCGCACCGUCGCCCUUCACCUUUGAGAUGGGUGUCGGGCUCCCGUUGUACUUGACUGCCACAAAAUGUCGCCACCCUAUCUUGCGACGAAGAGCAUUACAGCUACUGCAACAAGCACCGCCAGUACAGGGGUUUUAUAAAUGUCCGCCUGGCAUUGCCUUAGCAGGGCAUCUCAUGGCUUUAGAGGAAAGUUACGCCUCCACGCUGGUUCCAAUAAUGGAUCAAAAUCAUGCCCCCAAGGACGCUGGAGCUAUCUGCUCUAGAAAUACGUUGCUCUCUAAUAACCAAAAUGAAGAACCCAUACAGCUUUCAACUGUCAUCCCCGAAGAGGCUCGCAUAUACAGGGCCGGUGUCUUCCGACUCCGGGACGGCAUCCCGUACGAUGUUUCUGAAGAGGAUGUUACUAAAUGGAAUCGCGGUCCAGAUCAACUAUUUGUGUCAACCCGAAGGCUUCGUCGUAACUCUUUGACUGGCACGUGGGAAACGGUAUAUGAAUGUGCGCCCAUGGAAUUCUGA